GUCACUGCGAUCAGCCCUGAAUGCUUGAACACAAGAUUUCACACCGGAGAGAGUGAUGACUAGACCAGACACUUAUAAUGCCCGCACGGACUCGUUUAAGUUCAGAUUCUGGGAGGAUCGGCGCGCGUACCUUAAUCGUGGAAUAUCUCCCAGAAGCCUGUGUGCUGUCGUGACGAUUUUGUAGUGGGUGGAAAUUUGAACAAUUAAUUUGCCUUAUACUAUUUUAGUUAUUCUACCUUGACACUUCUUAAUGAAGGACAUCAUUAUUGAUUUAUUUCUUUUUUUAAAACUUCAAAUCUCUGGUGACUUAAUCAUCAAUAUGUAUGAGUCAUUAAUAUUAUAAGCCCCGGGCUUCCCCACUCGGUUUCUCUUUUAUUGAUCAGCGUCUGACUCUGAGCUGCUCCGAUAACAGCCAAAAGACAAGAUGAGACAACUCAAGGACCAUGUCUCCAUAUAGACUGGAGAGGAACUGUUAUUGUUAUUAUGGUUACAGUGACAGACAGGUUGAUCGUGAUGGAUGUGAGAUGUCGGUUUCUCUUCACCCUCUGCACGCUGCUGCUCAUCUCCGGUAGUGACGGGUCUCCGUUCACCGACUGUAUUCAAAGCAAAGGGAAAGCGGGCUUUUACGAGGGAUUUAUAGACGCAACCGAAUCAGGCGUGAAAUGCAUGAGCUGGAACAACGUGCCCGGUGUUAUAGAGCGAUAUCCGGGCAAAGGUCUUGGAGAUCACAGCUUCUGUCGGAACCCGGACGGGAGAAUUCGGCCCUGGUGUUUCUUCCCAAACAGCCGAGGACGCAUUGACUGGGGGUACUGCGACUGCAAGCAAGGCUCUUUGCGACUGCAGGGAGGCAGAUCCAAGUUGGAUGGUACGAUAGAAGUGUAUCUGAACGGUGUGUGGGGAACCAUCUGCAGUAAUGACUGGGAUGACCGAGAUGCCGCUGUGGUGUGUCGACAGCUGGGACAGGGUUACAGGGCACGUGCACGUGUGAGUCCUGUAUCACGUCUGGUGGUGUCUGUAGUUCACUGGCAGACUGUGGGCUGUGAAGGACAGGAAGAGGACUUACUCCAGUGCAAUCGCACCAUAUGGAACGGGGGACAGUGUGUUAACCGCCAGGCCGCUGCCGUCUCUUGCUCACCAGUGGAGGCUUCAGUGUUUGUCCCGGUAAGGCUCUCUGGUGGUCCAUCAGCGUAUGAGGGCAGAGUAGAAGUGUAUCAUGCAGGACAGUGGGGCACAGUUUGUGACGACCAGUGGGACGAUAACGAUGCUGAGGUGGUCUGCAGACAGCUGGGGUUAGGUGGCAUCGCUAAGGCUUGGGUGGGAGCGUAUUUCGGUGCAGGCUCAGGGCGUGUAUUGUUGGACGAGGUGAGCUGCACAGGAAAUGAGCUUUCCAUAGAACAGUGUCCAAAAACUGCCUGGGGGGAGCACAACUGUGACCACACAGAGGAUGCUGGAGUUUCUUGUAUCCCACUUACAGAUGGUGCAGUGCGUCUGGUUGGGGGUUUGAAGGGUUAUGAAGGGAGACUGGAGGUUCAUUACAGAGGUCAGUGGGGGACUGUGUGUGAUGAUGGCUGGACACAGACCAACACACAGGUCGUCUGCAGGCAGCUGGGCUUCAGGUCAGGGGAGAGUGUGUCACCAGGGCGGUUUGGGAUGGCGGCAGGUCCUAUUCUCCUGGAUGAUGUCAGGUGCACAGGAAAAGAGCCCAGCAUCACACACUGCACCCGGAGGGGCUGGCUCAAACAUGACUGUACUCACAACAAAGACGUAGCCAUUGUGUGCAACCCCCAACGCUUCAGACACGGAGUGCCCACCAGUCUACCUGUGAGAUUGGUGGGCGGAGAGAAUGAGAGAGAGGGGCGUGUUGAGAUCCUGGUGGGUGGCCAGUGGGGGACGGUUUGUGAUGACGGAUGGACGGAUCGGGAUGCAGAGGUGGUGUGCAGACAGCUGGGUUACAGUGGGCUGGCUAAAGCUCGUGUAAUGGCAUAUUUUGGAGAAGGCGAGGGACCUAUUCACAUUGACAACGUAAAGUGUACGGGUGGGGAACAUUCUCUGACUGACUGUAUCAAACAGCCGUUUGGGACACACAACUGUCGCCAUAGCGAAGAUGCCGGCGUUAUUUGUGACUAUGGGUUACAGAAGGAUUCUGCUGGGGACAAAGAGGCAUUGGGCUCCAUGUGUGGUCUAAGACCCUCUCAUACCCGUCAGAAGAGAAUAAUAGGAGGGGAAAACUCUCUACGUGGGGGCUGGCCGUGGCAGGCAGCUGUGCGUAUGCGGGGGUCUCAGGCAGAUGGAAGGUUGGUAUGUGGAGCCACUUUGAUCAACAGCUGCUGGAUCCUCACCUCUGCUCACUGCUUUAAGAGAUACGGUAACAGCACUGGGCUGUAUAAAGUUCGUGUGGGUGAUUAUCACUCUCUGGUUCCUGAAGAGUAUGAGGAAGAGUAUGCCGUGGAGAAGAUCGUCCUUCACCCGCGCUACCAUGCUGACAGUAAUGACUACGACCUGGCACUGGUGCGUGUGUCUGGCCACAGAGCUCACAGGGGCGUCACGGGCGAGUGCGUCAUGCUGAACCGUUUCGUGCUGCCCGCCUGCCUGCCAAUGCGGAGGGAAAAAGUGCCAAAGGACAUCGCCAACUGCUACAUCACAGGCUGGGGAGACACAGGUCGUGCAUAUUCAAAAACUCUCCAGCAGGCCUUGAUUUCCGUGUUGAGCAAGCGUCAGUGUGAGCAGCGCUAUUCUGACCAGUUCACCAAUCGCAUGCUGUGUGCCGGCUCCUCCCACGACGACCGCCGCGUGGACAGUUGCCGCGGAGAUAGCGGAGGUCCAUUGGUAUGUGAGAGGCCGAGUGGAAGUUGGGUUGUGUAUGGGGUCACAUCAUGGGGUCACGCGUGUCGACUGCAAGACGCACCCGGCGUCUACACCAAAGUCUCCGCCUUUGUGCCCUGGAUUAAGAAGGUCAUCGGCCAGUAGGACCUGAUGGAAAUUUCAAUCAACUAAUAACAGACAUUCUGACUAUGCGAGCAGAAAAAUGAAGCACAUUUUUAGAUAAUAGUUUAAAACAAUUUUAUAACUUAACUAGCUGAAAUUAACUCUAGUAUUCCAAAUAAGUCUUAAAUGUCAGAGAGAUAGUAGUAAUUACGCAGUGCCUGGCAAAUUAUAGUCAUCAUAAAACUUGAACUUUGCACUGAAAUUACACUGCAAAAAAAAAUCCUUUUCUUAAUCAGCAUUUUUGCUUUCCAGUAAAAAUAUCUAAACAUCCUGAAUCAAUUUAGAAAAAUGUUAGAAACAAUUAAUAAAUACAUUUUUAUUUUUAGGAUUGAAAAAAGAUAUAACAUAUUGCACAUUUUUUUUUUUUUUGUAUUUUAGGCAUAAAUCUCUAUUUUUUAGUUUAAAACAAGACAAAAAUGAUUUGUCAGGUUUUUUUUUUUUUGUUAAUUUAACACUGAAUUUAUCUUGUUUUAAAGAUGGUUAGAUAUUUUUACUGGAAAAAGAAAAAUGCAGAUUAAAAAAAUCAGUAUUUGCAUUAGUUUUAAAGGCCCGUCUUCAUAGCGAUGCAUUUGGUGGUCUUAAACUGACUUUAUUUCAGGUCUUCAUCCUUUUUUUUUUAACACUAAAUUUAUCUUGUUUUAAGGAUGGUUAGAUAUUUUUACUGGAAAAAAGAAAAACGCAGUUUAAAAAGAAUCAGUAUUUGUAUUCGUUUUAAAGGCCCGUCUUGAUAGCAGUGCAUUCGGAGGUCUUAAAUUGAUGUUAUUUCAGGUCUUUAUCCAUUUUUUUAUUUUUUUAUUUUUUUUCUAAAUGAAAGCACUUCUAGGUUGAAGAGACCACAAUUGUGAGUAUGGAAUUAUUGAUUUCUUUUCUUAAAAGGAGGAAUGAACAUGCACCGAAGUGACUGUAUACUUUAUGCCAUUGAGAGACAGAUACUAUUUGAACGUAAAAUUGGACAAAUAAUGUUCCAAUUUGAUACAUAGCGGAUUGAAGAACGUUCCAAAGGCUUGAAAUCACAUUAAGCUUUAAUGCUGAAAGGAGAAGAUUCUGGAUUUCCUGCCAAGAAAUGUAUGGUAAUUCUAAACUCCUGGGAUACAGUUACCAUGCCAUUGCUAAGUAACCAACCACAUCACCUCAUCAACACAUUAGAUGACAUCAUAAACCUCCACAGGAACCAUGACAUCAUUUGUUAUAAAUCAGAUGUUCAUGAUGAUAGUUGGACUGAGGCUUGUCCUAUCUUAACAUGAGGACAAAAAGCACAUAUCAUUAUUUGCUUAAUAUUUUUGCAGUGCCACACUCUUCCAAAAGCCAGAGAUCUGUGGGAUAUGGGAAUUAUGUGCAAUGCAAAGCUGUUUAUACCUCCUUGUUUAGUGUUGUGAUGAGGAGCAUUUCAUGUUAGCAUGAUUAAUGAUCACAAAAGUGUCUUUGAGCAUGAUUUAUGAAUGUAGUCUUGAUACAGACUACGUCCCUUUUUCAACAAAAUCCAUUAAUGGUCUGUGUUUAAAAAAAAAAGAGAGAAAACCUCUGACCAACCACAAGCUCUGUUAUUUUGCACAAACUAUGGUGUUGCAGUUUAGAUUUUUGUAAAUUUCAUGUUUUUCUUAUACAUGGGUCAGUCAUAUUGUAAUCUCGUGAUAAUUAACUAUACUAUGAAAACUGUAAAAAGUGUUAAUCUGUUUACACAGGGUCAAUAAUUCAGUAGUGCUUAGUAUUAUCAUUAUAUGUAUGUUUAAAUAUUUCUGGACUUGUGACAUGGUGCUUUUAUUCUUGCCUAAAAGGAGUAUGUCAAGUCAUGUGGCAUGUGAUGCUCAAUUCAUGAGGGCUGCAAUGUCAUUAACAAGAAAUCAAACAUUGGUAAAUAUUUAGAGAAACUUCAAAUCCUAAAGUCUUACAACCUCAGUUUGGAGCAUUAAACAUUUGUCAAUUGGUGUAAACAUUUGUCGUUGGAGUACGUAAUGGAAUAUAGUACCUUACUGUCAAAGAACUAUCAGCUUCUUAAACUGGGAAAUUUAAUUUGAGGGAAAUCUAAAAAUGUUUUGACUGAGAUUAUCAGACAAGUAUGUAUAAAAAAAUCAUUCAUUGUGUGGCAACAUACAGUAUGUUCUGUGUGUUUGUGUGAAUGCACAUCCAUAGCUUGUAUUUGAGGACGUUUCUAACAAUUGUUAGCUUUAGGUUUUCAAAAUACACAGACAAGCUAAACUUUUAGCAAGUCCAGCUUUCUGUGUUUUUGUUCACACAGUGGUCUGAAUCAGUGUGUACAGACCUGACGGUGCAGUGUUAGCACAGUCUUUUCAGAAAGCCAUUCGUUUACAUAACAGUUACAAUGUACCUACAGGAUCACUGUGUGUUUACUCUGCAUUUCAAAUACACUCUUUCUUUAAACAAAUCUCUGUGGAGACAAGUUUACUGUAUGAUGGGAAAGGCUGAAAUAAAUUUUCAGAAUUAUUUGUUAAUAUUCA